AUGUCAUAUUUACAAGAUCAAUUAAAUGCAUUUCGUGCAAUAUUCAUAAUUACUUUAUUAUUGUCAUUUUAUGGAAGUAUUUACUACGCUCAUAAUGCAAAUGAAACAAAUACCCCAUUUACUGCCAGUUACUUGUUAUUAUCAAUAUACUGGAUUGUCGUCUACUUGCAGCAGAUAAUCUUCCUUAUUGUUUCAUUCAUCCAGGAUGAAGAGCGCGCAACUAUAAUUUGCGAAUUAGGUUGGAAUUUCUCCUUAUUUAAUAUCUUACAUUAUCUUUGGGCUGAAUCAUUUGCUAACCAUUAUUUCAUAACUGCUGAAUUCUUCCUCAUAUUGAAUUUAUUUAAUUUAUUAGCCAUGUAUUUCAAUUAUAAGACUUAUGCCCUCAGACCAUUUUAUAAUUGGGUUUUGAUCCACCCAGUUGUCUCAAUUCCUUUAUCUUGGGUCUUUUAUGCCAUUAUGUGGAAUGGCGCCGUCAUGUGUCACGUUGAAGACAAAUUAUGGGCAAGGAUCCUUGCUAAUGUUUUUAUAUGGGACUUCUUGUUUGCUGGGGUGAUAUUCCUUUAUUUGUUUAGAGAUUGGACAAUCGGGUUAACUAUGUCCUAUUUGAUGGUUGCUUUAGGGUUUGGACAAUUGGCAACUAAGUUAUUUGCCCUUCAGUGGAUAUUUGCAUUUGUCAUUUCAGGUGUUCUAUUCGGUUUAAGUGUAUUUGCAUUUAUCAUUAGUUUGUGUGAACCAUCACCAGCUGAGAGGGAACCCUUAUUACCAGGAGCUUGA